UUUCAGAAGAGUUCGGUGACUGUGUCAUGGUGACAGCGGAACCGUCACCAGCUCUACUUGAGCCCCUUCUCUGUGUCGCGGGCAUUAUUACCAUGUCCUUCUCUUAGGGGGGAUACUCUAAACUUAGCCACGACUCGAGAAGACUCGUCUCGAAUUCAGUGCAAAACCACCAUUCUCUCGAAUCAGUUCCUACAUCGUUGUUGCGCCGUUGCCAUUUGUGUUUUUUUCAUACACUCGACUAUCGCGAGAUUCUUACGUUUUGUUCAGUUUCAUAUCGAGUUAAUCUCUCUUUCGCAAGAAUAUAGAAAGAAAACAGAGUAAUUCGCGAUUAAGAAGAAAAAGAAAUCACGAUAAAAGCAGGAUUGGUACUGUCGAAAAGACAUCUCGGAGAAUGGCAUAUAGCUGGGAUAAAAGAGUAGAUUUCAUUGUAAGAUUUCUUUACGACACAGAUAACAAUGGCAUAUUGGACAAACAUGAUUUCGAAUGUAUGGCUCUCAAAAUGACUUUGAUCGAAGGAAAAGGAGAGUUCAGUUACGGUCGAUAUCAAGAGAAUUUACACAUCAUGCUUUCUUUGUGGGAAGAAAUUGCAGAACUUGCCGAUUUUAAUAAAGAUGGUAUUGUAACCACCGAAGAGUUCAAGGAAGCAGUACAAAGAAGUUGCGUUGGUCGAGAGUUUCGAGAUUUCCCACAAGCGAUGAAGAUGUUCAUCGAUAGUCACUUUAAGAUAGUAGAUUUAAAUGGUAGAGAAAUCAAUUGUACAGCGUUUUGUUUCAAACGUAUUAUUGAUAUAUUAUUAUCAUUUUUAGAUGAUGGUGUAAUUGCUGCUGAUGAAUUUCGUUACAAUUGUGUAACAAGGAUUCCUGUGAACAACGUAAAUAUUCUGGAUGAAGCAUAUCAAAAUCUUCUUAAUGACGAUGACCGGAGACGCGGGGGACUAACUUUGUCACGCUAUCAAGAACUGUAUGCUCAAUUUCUUGGUAAUCCGGAUGAAAAUUGUCCAGCAGUUCAUCUGUUCGGUCCUCUGCAUGCGAUGGACUAACUUCGUUAUUUCGAAAUGACCGUGACUCUUUUAAACACACACACACACGCACACGCACACACACAAAAGACAAUCCCGUUGUAU